AUGCGGGCAGCGCAGGAAAAGACCCCGUCGCGGAAACGAAACUGCCACUCUCUACUUGAUCUCAUCCAUUCGUCUCUCGUUAACAUGGGUUGGUGGAAAGCAGAUCCCGUUCCUGACCCUCAACCACCACAACUCCCCUCAACGCCUCCUCAUCCUAUACCUACACAAUCACAUCCAGCCUCUACGUCCGAAUCGUCAUGCCCAGUCGACCCCAAAACGAGAGCAAUAUGGCUGCAGCAAGUGCAAAAGACACCUCAAUCGCAAUCGCAAGCACAAUCACAACUACCACCCUCCCAUCCACCACUUCCCACAUCAACACCAACCCCAACACCCUCUAGACCACCCGUACCAACAGCCUACGCCUCCUCCCAAGAAUGCUCUUCAGACCGCAUCUCGCAAUCUCCCCUUCCACCCUCAGACAUCGCCUCUCUUCCUCAGUCCUCACGACCUCUAUCGCAAGACCGUGUCGUAUCCUCCAUCCCUCGCGCAGCGACACCUGAGAGCACACUAUCGACCCCAGCAAACAAUGAAUCCGAAACCGGCACCUCCGCCUCAGGAAACUGGAUCUACCCAAGCGAAUCUCAAUUUUUCAACGCGGUCAUGCGCAAGCAAACGUCCUCCAACCCCUCGGACCUCAUCAGCUCAAUCUCCCACAUCAUCCCAAUCCACAACGCAGUCAACGAGCGAGCUUGGACCCUCAUUAGAAAAUGGGAAGGCGACUCCAGUGCCUCAUGCGGCGGGCCCAAACUCCAGUCCUUCAAGGGUCUAGGCAGCGGCGCCAUCUCGCCCAAAGCCCGGAUGAAGACGUUCAUGGGCUACACGGAGCCCUUUGACCGGCAUGAUUGGGUCGUCGAGCGCUGCGGAGGCGAGACGGUCGAGUACGUGAUCGACUUUUACCAGGGCAAGCAAGAGGCCUCGGGAAAUCCGAACGCUCUGAACUUCUAUCUUGACGUACGGCCCAAGUUGAACACGUUCGAGGGCUGGAAAAUGAGAGCGGAGCGAAUUGCUGGGUGGCGAUGAUGUCGUCUGGCAUCAUGUAGUUGUAUAUAAUACUCGGCGUCACAGCGCAAAACAGAAAGGGGGAAGAUGUUUGAGAGCGACUUGCGGCUGACAUUAUGUAUGAAAUGGAUAUAAUUCUCGCCUCGACUCAAACUAAACCCAUCCCUGGCUACCCUAUGUAAACUCGACAACAACUGAACGCCCAUUUGGCCUGGAAAGAAACAGUCCCAUUCGUUAUUGUCCAUCAUUUCAACCGCAAACAACCAAACCCUAUGCCCUACACAAGCCUGAGAGGACAAGAUGUGGCUGGUGUGGUGCCCUUCAAUGCCUGAGUCCCAACCCGGUGGACAUGCAUGUAAUGCCCCGAUGCCAUCAUUUCGAAGGAAUAAGAAAUAUGAACGUUAACCUGUGCAUGUGCAUGGAUAAUGUCUGUAACAAAGAAGGAGAAGCAAGGACUCGCAGGUGGGAAUAAUCGGCCGACUU